AUGUUCAGAGAAAACAGAAAGAAAGUUCGUGAAUGGAAUCAACUGAAGGAUUUAGGUUCUGUUCUCUUUCCUUUUGCGGAAGCAACAGACCUUACAGAGGAUACUUUGACUGCAGAAGUUGAGGCCACAGCAGAUGGAGACAUGCUGCAUUCUGGAGGUGAUGCUGAUGAAACCUCAGAUUCUCCUACUGGCAAAUGCCCACGACUUCUAGCUCGCUAUCGAGCCCACAAGCACGUGAGCCACUCAGCUAAGGAUGCAUGCAUUUCAGCUCAGAUACACAAGUACUUUGAUGCCAUUCAAGACACAGACACAAAUACAGCACUUGAAUUUUGGUCGACAAACAGGGAGAGAUUCCCACAGCUUUACUCUCUGGUUGUAAAAGUGCUGUCUAUUCCAGCAUCCUCUGCACCAGUAGAGCGUGUCUUUAGCAAAGGUGGCCUCAUCAUGAGACCACAUCGUGCACGCUUAACUCAUAAAAUGGUCACAGCGCUUAGUAAGAGUACAGCCAAAGGUCGGUUUGGGAAAUCUCUGGCUGUGGCGAUGGCUGUAGCUCUGCGAGUUUGUCACUUUCCCACAGCAGCGCUUGGCACCGUGGGAAUGGGGUGGAGGCUCAGCCACAGCACCGCGCUCAAGUCCCAAUACGACGCGCUUAUAAUCGGUGGAGGGCACAAUGGACUGAUUGCUUCUGCAUAUCUCCAGAAGGGAGGUUUAAAAACAGCAGUUCUAGAGCGCAGACAUGUACUUGGUGGAGCUGCAGUGACUGAAGAGAUCAUUCCAGGCUUUCAUUUUUCCCGGGCCUCCUAUCUACUCAGUUUACUCCGCCCGCACAUUUAUCAGGAUCUGGAGCUCAAGAAACAUGGGCUGAAGGUGUACAUGAGAGAUCCCCAUGCAUUUACCCCCAUGCUGGAGGAAGGGUUCAGGGGGCAGCCUCCUCGCUCGCUAUUACUAGGCAGUAAUCUAGCAAGGAAUCAGAAAGAGAUUGGAAAAUUCUCAGUGAAAGAUGCAAAGGCUUACCCUGAAUAUGUUGCACAUUUGGAGAAGCUUGCCUGUGCAAUUCACCCACUCCUUGAUGCACCACCUGUAGAUGUUCUGGGAAUUACUGAGGGAUCCUUGAAGCAAAGAAUCUCAGCAAUGAGGAAUUUGAAGCCAUUAGUAAAAUCUGGGCUAAAACUAGGAAAAAACUUUCCAGAAUUCUAUGAACUAAUUACAGCUCCAGCAAUAAAGGUUUUAAAUCACUGGUUUGAGUCUGAGCCACUUCGAGCAACGUUAGCCACUGACUCUGUGAUAGGAGCUAAUACAAGCCCUAACAACCCGGGUAGUGGGUAUGUCCUUUUGCACCACAUUAUGGGUGAGCUGGAAAAGGAGAUGGGGGCCUGGGGUUAUGUGGAAGGGGGCAUGGGUGGUGUCUCCAAGUCCAUUGCUAACUCUGCACGCUCCCUUGGUGCAGAUAUCUUUACUGAAAAGGAGGUAAGUCAAGUGCUGAUUGGACCAGAUCAUAUUGCAAAUGGAGUUGUGCUGAAAGAUGGUACUGAAGUGCACAGUAAAGUGGUUUUGUCCAAUGCUACCCCCUAUAUAACCUUCAAACACCUUACUCCACAGGAUGCACUUCCUCCGAAAUUUAUUAGAGCUAUCGAUCAGAUUGACUAUACCUCUCCUGUGACCAAAAUUAACGUGGCUGUGGACAAACUUCCAAAUUUCUUGGCUGCCCCUAAUGCAGCUGCAGAUGGAGGUCCAGGUCCACAUCACCAGUGUUCCAUUCAUCUGAACUGUGAGAGUGUGGAGAUAUUAGAGGCAGCAUAUAUAGAGGGUCAGCAAGGACGCCCAUCUUCAAGACCUAUGAUCGAGAUGACUAUACCAUCUGUGCUGGAUCCCACUCUCGCCCCACCUGGCUGUCACGUGAUGUCUUUUUUCACACAGUUUACGCCUUAUUGGCUGGAAGGGGGACGAGCCUGGACAGAUGAGGACAGGGAAAAAUAUGCAAAUACAGUGUUUGAUUGUGUUGAAAAUUAUGCACCUGGAUUCAAGCAAUCAAUAGUUGGCAAGGAUAUUUUGGCUCCUCCUGAUCUGGAGAGGGAAUUUGGUCUCACUGGAGGGAACAUUUUCCAUGGUGCAAUGUCAUUGGAUCAGCUUUACUUAGCAAGACCUUUGCCCUCGAUUGCACACUACCGCACCCCAGUCAAAGGCCUGUAUCUGUGUGGCAGUGGCAGCCAUCCAGGUGGGGGUGUUAUGGGUGCUGCGGGAUGGAAUGCUGCCAGGAGUGUCCUGGCUGACUUUAAACGCUGAUCAAGUGUCAGCUAAGUCUGACACACAUGAAUUUCCACACAACAAAGAAGUUUUGGCUGCCCGAGAUCCCAAACUACAUCUAGGAGUUAAAUUAAAAUAUUCAUUCUGAAACAUUACAGUAUUGAAGCCAGCAGUUUGUCAAAGCACUUGGCUUGUUGCUGCUGAUGUCCACUGUGCAAGUUCAACCUACCCAGACCCUUAUAUCAUGGAAUGCAUCCAUAUUUUUUCUGUGCUGCUUGUCUCACACAGGGUCACGGGCAGCCUGAUGUCCAUCCCAGGAAGGAGACACAGGACACAAAUCCAAACGCACAAUUAUCUGUACCAUGUCUUUGGACAUGGUUAGGAAACCCUGAACCAUGGGGAGAACACGCAAACUGGAGGUGUGAGCAAAUGUGCUAAAUAUGAAGCCUACAUGCCUCCAAUUCUAAAGACAUAUAUCUUCAGGGCUGUCAGGUAUCACACACUGAGAGUGACAGUCACGCAUUUUGGUCUUUUCUCACGCUCUCCCGCCACACAUUGUAUUUCUCACACAGAAAAGAUGUCACGCUUGCCUGUCUUCAAAACUUGAGAGCCCUGUAUCUUAUAUGUCACACAUACACUCCUAAACCUUCUGAUUUAACUAAUUUCUACUCCAUGACUCAAUAACUUUUCACUAUUAAAUAAAAGUUUAUGUUCACACAACUCAACUCCUAUUCUACCAAUCACAAAUGAAGAUAUUUUUUCUCCAAUAAAACCAUAUUCUAAAUCUUUUUCAUGCACUAUUAUCUACACGAACACCUGUAUAAAUGUGUAUGGCCCUCGUCCUGUUGGAGUUUACCUGAUGAAAAUGAAUAGACUCAGUAAUAACAGAAAUUAUUUCUACGGGUUAUAGAAAUGCAACACUAAUUUUUUUCCCAUCAUGUAUUCAAGAUUUGUUUUGUGACUGUGGAAAUAAAAGUAAUCAUUUUGCAUAUGA